AUUUCCAGUGGUAUUACCCCUUAAAUUUACUACGUCCACUGAUGACUAAAUAAGACGAGUUGGGUAUCCAAGAAGUAAUUUUCCAUAUGCUUGUAGCUAGCCAGCCGAUUUAGAAGCCCAACCCAACGUUCUUCUCGGAUAAAUUAGUUGAACCAAUCUUCACAUGACUGCAUUUGUUUCUCUUCUACCCUUCUGCUUCUGGUCUAUGAGUUUCUAUGUGGAAAGACUGCAGCUUGGAAUUCCUGCUGCAGCAAUCCAUUCAUCCCCAAAAGAGAAGAAGAAAGAAUUGCUAGUGUGGUUAGCAUCAUGACCGUUCUUCAAGCUAAGAGAUAUCAGGCGAAGAAGAGAAGGCCACGGGAAGUUUGCGACGGGGCUGUUUCCUGCAGCAAUCAGGAAGCAGAUAUAGUCGCAAUCAAGUCUCCUGUAAAGUCAGUCAAGAAUCAGAAGGAUAUCUUCAGUGCUAUGGGGAAGAGGGCCUCCAUGGAGAAUCUGUAUGUCAGUGGCGAGGUUGACAAUGCUGCAAUGAGAAAAGCACAUGAGUUUGCAUCUAGUCUACCUGGAAACUUUCCUACCUUGAUGAAGCUUAUGCACCCUUCACAUAUUGGGUUUUCCUUGCAUCUUGUGGCAGGGUUUUGCUACAAGCAUUUGCCUGACAAGGAUAAGGUGAUCGACCUAGAAGAUGACAAGGGCAAAGUUUAUCCCGCCCAAUUCUUAGCUAGUAAGCAUUGUCUUAGCGGUGGAUGGAGAGCUUUCUCCAUCCAUCACAAGUUAGUUCAAGGCGAUGUUGUGGUUUUUCAGUUACUUGAACCGACCAAGUUCAAGGUCUACGUAGUGAGAGCAAGUGCCUCAGAGCAAGCGAGUCGAAGAUCCAAGAGAAAGGUCGAGACAAGUGCCAAAGAAGCCAAGAAGACCAGCAUCACCAACUGCAAAAUUGUAGUACAUAAACAAGACGAGCCCAAGAAUGGAAGCGAGGAAGAUUUCGGGUUUGAUAUCUCAGAUGGGAUAAUUAUGUCAUCAGAUCAACCAGCUGUUGAUUUCCAGCAAGUGAGGAACGUUGAUGACUUUGACAUUGUGGUUAAUGGCCUGAUCAUCAACUGUGAACUCUCCAAACAGCUUCAGUACAAGUACUACGAACUAUGCAGCAGCCAGAAGUCCUUCCUCCACCAACAUAUUCCCAAUGGGCUUAACUGUAAGCUGAUAGCCGGAAUAAUCGCUGAGACCACAAACAUUGCUGAUGCAGUAAGGACUGCAAAGUUCUGUACUCGACAGAAGGAAGAGUUUGCAAAUUGGGAAAACACAUUGUCAGGAUUCGAGAAGCUGGGAAUGAAUGUAGAGUUCAUACUCACCAGGUUGAGGCAGCUCAUAGGGCUUUCUGACCAUGUCAAUAGGUGCAAGAAAUUGAAGGCUGAGAGAGUUGAAGUGGGAGAGGAGGUGAAGGCUUUGAAGGCGAAACUCGAGAAAUCGGUGGGUAGAAUGGAGAGGAUUGAUGAAGAGAUAGAGAGAUUGGAAAAUGAGGAGGAUGUUGAGGUGAGGUUCACAAAAUUAGCUGAAGCUCCAUGGUCAUUGUAACUGCCUGACUUGAGAUCUAGCUGAGAGAGCUACUAAGUUCAAACCAUUCUGUACGAGGUUUGUAAGAUCUAGCUUGGAAAGCUAUAAAGUCACCAUCUGUGUAACUAUGAAUGACUCGGACGGUCCAAGUUCUAAUACAAUCUACCUGAUGAUCGAGAUCUUCGCGUAGCAAGAGUGAUUAACCGAAGGCAAUUGUAUCAGCUGAAUGACCAAAUGCAUACACGAAACUAAUUUGUAAUGUAAGAUUCGACCGAGUUAGAUAGAAAAAGAUAACAUUGUUUACAGUGGGAUACGAAGCAAUCCCCUUGAAUUCGAUGACCUCCGCUGUAAAUUACCAUGAAUUGGAAAAUUGCAAGCAUGAAUACACAUGGAUGCCAGAAAACCAGAUGGGUCCAAAUCAUCAUUACCCAGCUGGGCAAAUGCAUGGUAUUUUUCUACAACCCCAUACCUCAUUCAGCCAUGCAACCUCACAUGGAGCUAAAGGAAUGGUGACUGGUACAGGACAAGUAAGAAGAAUAUAGAACUUGCCCAUUA